AUGCCUUCCGUAGGCAGCUCAAGUACACCCACCUGGUUAGCAACAUCCGCCGAGCCCACACAGGCAGAGCGCCUUGCGCAGUCGCAGCCGUUCGCCGUUUCAGGAGCCUACAAUGGCAUGCGUCCCUCUUCAAUAGGGCAGAAUGCUAAAUCGUCAACAUCCGAGACGGCUACUGGCAUGCCUACCGCAUCGGAUGCUGCCACCAGCACUCGCAGCGUAUCCUACGACUUUACCCGAAAAGCACUUCUGGAUUUGAUCCGACGCACUAACUUAGGCAUGAAGAGCGAUACCUCCUCGUCCAAGACGCCGAUAGGUCCAAACACCGACCCAACCCCUGGUAACCAAACGGAGACAGCUUCUACGACGGCGAUCGCUUCAAGACUCGCCGCGGAUCCAUCUGGCAGCAUGUCGGCGCGGCUCUACUCCUGGCAACAGCAUCGAAAGCGCGCGAGACUGUCAGAUGACUUUGCGAGCGGGCUCCCCGGACAAGCGUCGACAUCGGUGUCUGGCUACGAGCCGCACACGCCUGGAAAGGAUAUGUCGACGAUGGCAAGCGCUGUCGGCGGGCAACCUCGGCCCCCCAAGCGCAGCAGUACUGAGGAGGAUGAACAGAAAGCUCGAAAGCAAGAGCAGUACCGGCGUCUGCUUUUGCAGCUGAAUGCUCAGAUGCAGAUGAGGAUGCAGAUGGAUCUGCAGAAACGACAGCAGAAAGAGUCGUCAGAUGCAGCGCUGUCGAGAGCCUCUUUUGAGUGCAGCGAACGAAAGGACGACAACACACAGUUCAAGAAGCCAUCGCCGCCCUCGAAGACCUCUGGCGCCCUUCAAACGAGCCCAGUAAGCCGUGACACUUCGGAUGCCGGUAAAGUUGCCUCCACCGACCCACCAACAGCUAUGCGACUAAUGAUGAAGCAUCCGAAUUGGUCUCGCGACGCCGACACACCGAGCCUUAUACCUGUGAGCUCGCGCGACUGGAGGCGUCAUCAAAGCUCAUUCGCCACGAACAACGGCGACAUGUUUCCCUUUUCGAUCCCAGUCGAGAGCACAACGAUCGGCUCACUUGCGCUGCCGAUUACUCGUCCAUAUCCUCAGGCAAGCCCCGACAAGCAGCGCACCAAGAGACCCUUUUCGCCCGGGGCAGAGGUGGUGUUCUGGGCAGUCAAGGGUGAACACUCGGUCAAGCUCGUUGGCAAGGUCCAAAGCAUGACGGAUCGCUCUGCGGACGUAGUUGUCGCUCCAAGAGCUGCGAGCACAAUAACACCAUACAAGACGUCGGCAGCAUCAACGCUCGAGAGAAGCGAUGGUGACGCUCAGCCUGAGCACGUAGAAAGCGAGUGCUACCGAAACGUGCCAUUCGUCAACAUCAUCGCCAAGGAUCAGGCGAAGCUCCUCUCGCUAUUUUAA